AAGAAUAUCCAGAAUUAAAAAGUGUUUUGAAGUUUGAAUUUUAUGCUUGGUGCAGUUUUUUCAACAUACAUACAAGUUGAGCUGUUCACAUGAUCAAAUUUGCGCUGAUCGUUACUAUUUUGGCCAAAAGCCAAGAGCGCAUUUUCUUUUCAUGCUUUUUACUUUUAUUUACAUAAUUAUGACGUUCGCGAAAAACUUUGUUACUACUAUUAACUUUUUGUAAGCGUAUGUUAUUAAUUGGUAAGACGCCCUCGACGUCGUGUGCCAAUGUUUUCUUUCGUACAAAUGAACUUCAGCGCUCUAUCGGUACUUCUGUCAAGAGUGUGGACAUGCAUCUGUUUUAUGUUCAACAGACAAGUUCGCUCGAUUGUACAAUAUCAGCCAGUCAAAUAUGAACUAUUUCCACUGUCGCCGGUGUCAAGGCAUCGGCUUGGAAUUGUACAACGGAAAACACUUGUACUGGAUUUAGAUGAAACACUUAUUCACUCUCAUCAUAGCGCUAUGUCGAGAAAUACCGUCAAGCCGGGCACACCACAUGACUUCACGGUCAAAGUAAUAAUUGAUCACCAUCCGGUACGUUUCUUCGUUCAUAAACGCCCGCAUGUGGAUUAUUUUUUGGAUGUGGUUUCACAAUGGUAUGACUUAGUUAUAUUUACAGCCAGUAUGGAAAUAUAUGGAGCAGCGGUUGCUGAUAAACUGGACAACGGACGCAACAUUUUGCGUCGCCGCUAUUACCGUCAGCAUUGUACGCCUGACUUUAGCUCUUACACCAAAGAUUUAUCUGCUAUCUGCAGUGAUUUGAAUAGAAUUUUCAUAAUUGACAACUCCCCUGGUGCAUACCGUUGUUUUCCCAACAACGCGAUACCAAUCAAGAGUUGGUUCUCUGACCCAAUGGAUGUUGCGUUGCUAUCACUACUUCCAAUGUUGGAUGCCUUGAGGUUUACAAAGGACGUGCGUUCGGUUUUGUCAAGAAAUUUACAUUUGCAUCGUUUAUGGUAGCAGUUUUACAGAUUAAAAAUUUGGUGCUGUGACGCUUAAACGAAUUUUUAGUUUGUUUUAUAUGAUAAGCACUAUAAAUAAAUCAAAAGGAAGGCAAAUACAAAAACAUAAUUUUUGACAUACAAAAAUAUUUUUGACAUCUUUUUAAUCCUAUCAAGGAGAGAUAGCUUCCACCCCACGCCGGUUUUCCAUAUACGCAUUUUAAGCGUAAUUUAAAUGAACUUGCUAAUUCUACAAAUCCGUGGAGAACUUAUUUAAUAUAAUUUGUACAUUAUAUAUACAUACUUAAUUUUCUAAAGGAUUUUUCAAUCUGAUGUAUGUAAAUUAUGAUAAAUAUGUGUAUGUGUUUUUGAUUUAAAUAUUAUUUAUUAGUAGAAAUAAUAAAAUAUUCAAUUAGUUUAAGUAUACGUAUACAUACAGUGUUUUUUCAUAAAAAGAAAAAAAAUUAAUGAACGUAUUAAUAUGAACUUUUUGCUUUUGUUGAACGUUAUUUGAUGAUCAAAAUGAAAAACUUAUGUAUGUUAUAAUUUAGCAUUUAACGGCAGCGCAACAGAAUCUAUUUUAAAUGAUCAACACAAUCUAAAAUUAAGCAAAUUGAAAUAUCAUAAGGAAAACGAACUAAAUCAAAGUCGUGUAUGUGUGUGUAUUUAGAUUCUAAACGUACACAGAUGCACAGCAGAAGGUAAUAAAAGUAUAAAUAAGAGCUAAUAAGCUGUAAAGAAUGAAAAAUAAAGAAACCAGCAAAGUAUCCUUUUGAUAAUAGCAGUAUUAUCGGAGUCUUGCACGGAUUGCGCGGUAAAAACCGGUUUUCCUAUAGGACAGCCUGGCAGUCUUGUAGGUAAUCCGUGCACCGUGCAAGGGCUUUGCAAGACUGCGAAAAUUCCCCUAUUAUGUUUUCACUGUAAAAAAGAAAUUAAAAUAAUACCGGCUUUGUCUGGAAAAUGGAGCAAAUUAAAAUAAGAACAAAGUGACUCAGUUAUAAUUUAGAGUAAACUCUACAUAUUGCUCAUUUACUACAAUAGUGUCAUAAUCCAGAAAAUAUAAAUUAUCAGUUGAGUAUGCAGAAAUUACCGCUUCGUCUACUUCGAAGCUGUAUAAAAAUUUCACAGCUGUAUCGAUUAGCAGUAUCUCACUUGAACAAAAUAUAGGUUCAUUUUUACUAUGGGAGUAUACAUAUCGCUAGCUU